CUGUUCGCCAAACCGAACAGUUCUCACCUUGAAAUCCUGAGGAUUGUCAAACUCGAAACGGAUCGUCGAUUUCUCUUAUCGAUUUCACUGUUACAUCCCUACAUCUUUUGACAUUUUCGAGCUUACUUUUGAAAGAAUGCUUGUCAACUCAAUUCUUUUUCUGACAGUCUGGAUCAGUUCAUCGAUUGCGGAAGAAUCGUCUUCUAGCGAUGCUACGUCUAACAAACGGGCGCCUAUGGGAUUUCAGGGUAUGCGCGAGAAAAAAAAUCUGAUCCCCACUUCGGCAGAACACAAUAAAUUGUCUCAAAGUACGGUAAUGGAUUUUCAAGAUAUGCGCGAUGAUAAGGACUCGAACGCGCCCGAUAUUGAAGAUAAUCUUUUGCACGAGUUUGAGAAACGGGCACCAAUGGGAUUUCAGGGUAUGAGGGGGAAGAAGGAUUAUUUGACGCCUGAUUUCGAAGAUUUCUACUUUCGUAACGAGAAAAAAGCACCGAUGGGUUUUCAGGGUAUGAGAGGCAAAAAAAUUGUUUCGGAGGAUGAAUAUUAUAAACGAGCACCAAUGGGAUUUCAAGGAAUGAGAGGAAAGAAGUCUUUGGAAGAGGUGUUAGGUAAAGUUGAAAAAAAGGCCGCGAUGAACUUUUAUGGUACGAAGGAAAAAAAGACAUACGUUUUCGAAUAUCCGGAAGAUUACGAAAAGAGACUUCUCGCGAUGGGAUUUCAAGGUACUCGCGGCAAGUUGAAAGAAUUUCCGGGCGAAUGGGAGAAAAGGGCUCCCAUGGGAUUUCAAGGGAUGAGAGGCAAGAAAUCAUUGCUCGACGAGAUAGAAGAACUUGAGAAACGAACUAUCAUGGGUUUUCAGGGCAUGAGAGGCAAGAAAAAUGCUUUUGAAAAUUACGUCGAUUAUUACAUGGAUCCCGACAUGGAUUUUGACAAGAGGGCACCAAUGGGGUUUCAAGGAAUGAGGGGCAAAAAAGAUUCCGAUAAAAGAGCACCUAUGGGUUUUCAAGGCAUGAGAGGCAAGAGAAAUACGGGACAAAGAUUUAAUACUGGCAUGGACUUCGACACUCGAUUAUCAAAUGGAUAUCAAGGAACGAGCAAUAGAAGAAACGAUCUAGCCUCGUGCCAGCUCGAAAAACGAUCGCCCUUCCGAUAUUUCGACAUGCGCGGUAAGAAAAAUCCACGAUGGGAAUUACGGGGAAUGUUUGUGGGGGUAAGAGGCAAAAAAUGGGCGACAGCUCCGUACGAGGAGGACAGCCCGUUCAUAAACGUGUUUGAUAACACCGAAAGGAUUGGCGUGGAUGAGGAUUCGCCAGCAAUAUUAGAUUCACAAUAAUGCAGCAGCCCUUAGAAAUGAUAACUGUUACGAAACAUCUUCUCCAAAUAAUUAAACCGAGCUAAACCUAAAUAACUGAAUUUAAAAGUGAAAAAGAAAACAUCUAUUAAUUAUGAUAUAUUAUGAAAAUGCUGUCGUCUAUUAAUUUAUAGAUCUCUUGGUUUGAUAAUAAAAAGCGUCGUUAUUAUUAUUAUUAUUGUUUUAUAUACCGUAGGCCGAUAUCUUGAUCUAGUCAAUGAUAAUAAGAUGGUUUGUUAUAUAUACACUAUAUUUAUUUAUGUUUUGCCGCUAGUAUAAAAUUCAGAAUUUAUUGCAUGUAAUAGAUGCAGGUCGCAAGCCGCAAAUCGUAGAUACAUGCAUAUACUCAGAAUAUGUAUACACGUGUGUAUGUAUGUUGCGAUUUUACAAAUAACUUUUUUUUUCUAAUAAGAACCAGAGGAAAUUAAAUAUGUACAUAAAUUGUCAGAUAUUUUUAAUAUUUAAAACAUUGUUGAAAUGUUUAAAAAAAUAUCAUUUAAAUAUAUAAUAUUCCCUUAUAUUUUGCUCCGAUAAUUAUCGUCAAGAUUAUUUUCAGACAGGUUCCAAAUAAAUGUUUAAGAUUAGUGAAAAUAUUAUAUAAUUGUAUAUGAUUAUGAUUGGAUUAUAUUGAAUAUAUUUUUCUGUCAUAUUGAUCAAUUAGAAUUUAACAUAUAAAAAUUUCGUUUAAGAUUGGGAUUUUAUUUUAACAAAGUUAAAAUAAAAAAAUGUCUUUUUAGAAGUUGCUAUUUAACAUAAUUACAAAAAGUCUUUCUUUGAUUGCGCGUCUACGAUUUGUAUCUUGCGACUUAUAUAUAUUGUGAAAAAAUACAUUAUAAGUAUUAAAGUAUAACGAUGUAAUUAACAGAAUUAAAUAAGUUAAAAAUAUAUUUUGCCGGCUACGAUUGUACACGCAAGCGAAGUCUUUCAAAGGAUGCCUGCAUCAGUAUUAUUAUUAAUUCGUACAGGGUGUAAUGUAAAACGCAGUUAUUGAUAGUAGUGAUAUAUUUUUGAAUAAAUUUAGGAAAAAUUUAGAUUUCUCAAUGUUAAAUAUUGUUGUUCACUAUAUCAAGUUUUAAAAUUAAAAUUUUUAGUUGAAGUAAUGUUACUUUUAAAUUAAUAACAAAGUAAGAUUUUACAUAUGGUUAAAAUUUCAGAAGCAUCUACUUUCAAAUAUUAGGUAAUUUUGUAUUUAAAUUAAAACAUAAAUAACACAAUCUUAAUGUUAAGAAAAAAUCGAUUCAGAGUUUAUGAAAAAAUCUCUACUGUUAAUCUUUUAUAAAACACCCUGUAUAAGUCCAAUGUAUAGAUGGCAAAAGAUUUAUUCUUAAUUUAUGGACAUAUAUCAGAGCAAUUAUACGACAAUAUAAUUUCACGUCCUCUACUUCGAAAAAUAAAGAAUAUGGGGAGCAGGUGAUGAGUAAGUUAAGAUUGAAUAAUGUAUAAAUAUCUAGUGUAUCAUGACACAUAGAUAGGAAUUAUAUUUUUCUCUGAAUGUUAAUCGAUAAUGUUAUUAUAGAUACACGAUUAUGUUCUCGAUUAUUGUCCAUAUCAUUUAAUUUUUGUCUUUGAAUGAGAAUUAUGAUGUUGAAGGGUGACCGUUCGUGUGGCCAACUGGUUGCGUUCAACAGAAUAAAAUUUAAUUUUGUAGUUUUACUGAGAUACUUUGCUCAGUUCUUAUCUGAAAUACUACGUUUCAUGUUUAAUUUUUACUUCUAUAUAUAUAUUUUUGAAAUAUUAACAAGAUAUAAUUAUAAUACUAAUAAGAAUAUUAAUAAAUUUCUCUCUCUGGUGAAGAAAUUAAUUUCUAAUCAUGCAAUAUAUGAAAUUUAUGUUGCCAUGUAUCUAUGUUUGUUGCAUAUCUUGUUAUAAAACAAUAAAUUGCUUCAGGCUCUAAUGUUUCUAUAGUCCACAAUGUUUUAUUCAUGUCCUAUCUUUAAUUAUGUUAUAGAUGUAGAAAUGCGAAAGAUUUUAUGAUUAAACCUGUAAAACUGAAUUGGAAGUCGCAAUAUUCCUUCCAUUUGGUGUAUUGUAAAUCUUACUGACUCCGUCAGAAGAAUUGAGUGAGAAAGCUUACAAAACCUAUAAACCUAUUAAAACUAUAACAAAUAUUACAAAUUCUGAUUGUAAUUAGCAUAAACAAUAAUCAAUAAAUGGCUGUCAUGAAUAA